CGGUAACGAAGGUUUGCUUCUAAGUCUCUACGAGUAUUCCGAUGUCAACAAUCGAGAUUGGCGUCAAUCCGAGGUGGAGAUUACGGAUAAUACAAAUUCUAAUUUGACGUUGGUAUUUUACGCUUAUUGCGGAAAUGCCGUGGAAGAUGCUGUUGCCAUAGACGACCUCUACUUUUCCACUGACGCAAUUCUGACAACAGCACCGUCGGCAGCGUCGACAACUUCAUCGACAAAACCCAAUACGUUGACGUCUUCAUCUUCUAGCACAAAUUCGACUAGUUCGACGGUCCCCAUCGCAACUUCUUCGACAACAACCACGACCAACGCAAUAUUGUCGACAACAACCGAUGGAGAAAUGACGUCAGAAACAAGUGAAACGCCAGAAACGAACAUAACGCCUGAAACGACAAGACGAACGCUCACGCCCAGCACACAGCCCGAUACAACUAGACGAACGAUCACGCCCAGCAGCACAGCAACGACCGAAAACAUCUCCACAAGCAAAACAAUCACGACCACCUAUUCAACUUUCCCGGUAACCGAUCCGAUUAGUACAGAAGAAUCCUCACCGGGAACAACAGAUUCGACUUUAACGACAACUCUAGCAGAAGAAAAGUGUCCCGAAUUCCUUCAAGAUGACACAUCGGUCCCUUGUUCUACUAUUGGCACCCAAUGCUAUUGCUUUUACAAAGGCAUUUCGCAGCUAACCUGGACAUCAGCGGAUCAGUUUUGUAGGGAUGGAAGCAUGACCUUAUUAACCAUCGAAACUUUAGAGGAAGACCAAUCCAUCUUUGAUCACGUCAUUUCCAGUUCCGAACUAGUACCGAAUGGCUUGUAUUGGACUGCUGGAAAAUAUUCUCAAGGCAACGAUGGAUGGGAGUGGGCCUCCAACGAACCUUUUGAGCCAUUUAGUUACGAUAAUUGGGGAGUGGGAGAACCCAAUGGGGACUAUACAACUGAUGAAUACUGCGCCUAUGCAAAUUUCAGCCCACCACAAAAUUUCUCCGCUGGUUAUUGGUACGACAACUUGUGUGCUACACCAGGAUUUAAAUUCAUCUGCGAACAAAAUGACUAACUAAUAGUGCGACCUUGUUUCUAAAUAAAAUUAUAUUUCUUAAUUACAUGAAUCGAGAGUGGUGCUGUGCUGUAACUUGUAACUGCCAUCAGGUUGAUUCUGUACCCGAUAUUUAUAAUAAACUAAAUAGCACCUAAAUAGCAAC